UUUGUAUGGACCCAUGGCACAGUACUCCGGUAAAAAAGCACAGCUUUAAAUCCUUGACAGAGAGUCAGCCACCUCCAACACGACUUCACUUCGGAAGUGCGGUGACGUUACAGACGGAAGACCCCUUGCAGGACCUCCCUUCUGACUGUCCACAGCCCAUCACGGGAAGGAAGCAUGUUCACAAGGCUGCUGUCGAGAUCGAGAGCGCCACCAUCCAGAAGCAGCGGAAGGAGCUGCAGCUGCUGGUGGCGGAGCUGAAGGACAGAGACAGGGAGCUCAACAGCAUGGUGUCUGCCCACCAGAAACAGCUCCUGGCCUGGGAGGAGGACCGGCAGAAGGUGCUCACCCUGGAGCAGAGAUGUGCACGCUUUGAGAAUGAGCUCCAGAAGAGGAACGAAAUCAUCCGAGCUGUGACCAAGAGGAUCAGGAUCUUGGAGGCCCAGCAACUGGACCGCCAGUCGGCUCUGAGCAGCACGCAGCAGCUCCUGCAGGACCUCAGUGAACGCGAGCAGGAGACCUCCAGCCAGUGCCAGGACCUACAGGAGAAAAAUCAGAGUCUUAACUCCUCUGUAUUAGAACUGUCAACUCAAAUUGGGCAGCUUCAGGCUCGUGAGCAGGAACUUGGUGCCAUGCUGAAAUUAAAGGACGAAGACGUGGUGGAGGCCACCAGGCACAUCGUGGACCUCACCGGCCGCCUCAGGAAGCUGGAAGCAGCAGUGAAGGAGUGCCGCCUGCGGGAGGACAGGGCCCUGAAGGAGGCCCAGGAAUACAAACGGCAGCUGAGGGAAGCGAGACGCGAGGCCGCAAAGCUCAGAGACGACUUACAGGAAAAGACCGCAGAGAACAACAAUCAAAAGGAAGAUGUGAUCCGACUGAAACAAGAGAUUCAGCUUUUGCAAAGUGAGCUUGCUUUGGCAGGUGAAGGUGAGCGGAGGAAAGACGAGCUUCUGGAGCUGGCCAGGUCGAAGCAAGAGCGCACAGAGAUGGAGUUACACUGCCUCCGGCAGGUGUAUGAGAACCAGCAGAAUGAUCUCCAGCUCCUUCAGCUGAACCUGGAGAGCUCACAAGAGAGACUGAAGGAGAGGGAGGGCAGGGCCCAGGAGGGAAGUGCCUUUCGAUGUGAAGGAUUCCUAAACACUUCAAACAUAGGAGGGGACCCACUUCAUCCACCCCUGAAGUGCAGAGCCGAUCAGGGCGAUACACAGCAGCCACUACGCUCCAGCAGCCCCACAGCUCAGCAGAUCAGGAGGAGAAGCGAGAAACAGCUUCAACAACCAAACCAAGAGGGACAUUCAGAGAGGCCAGACUGUGCAAGCCCACACUGGAAUUUAGCCAGUGCAAAUUCCUCUUCGACAUCCCUCAGACCUCAACAUGAAAGCAGAAAUGAGGAACAGGCAAUUACGCUUAGCCAAAGUGCAGAGAGAGAAGGAGAUUGCUGUGGAAACGAUAAAAGGCAGAGCCCAGCAGAUAGCGUGAAACUCAGACGGCAAAGAACAUUGACACAGGCAGAUAACCCUCAGUGCUGGAGGCAGGGAAUCGGCGCUCAGACAGCGUAUGAGCCUUCAGACGCCUGUAGAGAGAUUAAUGAAACUGUAAGACCCAAGACUUCUCAGCCUCUCAGAGCAGAGGAGAAGGACAGCACCAGAAUAGCAAGAUCGCAUUAUAAGGCUUGCCCUGCAGUGCUGACCAGCAGUGAGCCUGGCCGCCCUGCGGUCAGAUUCUUGGAGAAAGCUUUCACAGAAAUGGAACCAUCCCAUUUAGAUCAAGGACACAAGGGGACAGCAGGAGAUCUACUUCAUAGUGAAAUCUACCACAGCAAACAUUCAGGAGGUGUUCCCCCGGGCCUACAGCAGAACAUCAGGGCUGCACAGCUAGGGAUUAGAUCAAGGGACAUUACAGGUGCGCAGCAAAAACCCGUUGGCGAGACGAUGUCUGGAAUCCCAGAAAGCCCUCAGUGUUGUUCAGAAGCAGCCAGGGCGCAGCAGGGAGACCCUCACCUCAGACCGUGGAGUGAAAGCACAUGCUUGAACAGAGCUGCAGCUUGUCCACGUCGCAGCUGGGUAGCCGAGAGAGGUUCAGGAGCGGGUCUGAGUCAUCACAGACCAGAGGCGGCUGACUGGUGUGCUCACUGCUGUGAAGGCCGAGAGAAGGCAGCAGGACCUGCCUGUCAAACAGCUCUUGGCACAGCAGGACACAGGGCAACUGCUGCUGCUGCUGGUACUGAAGUAGGAAGUCUGACCCCUCGCAGAGCUGAGGCUGAAGCAGAGUGCUGUAUGACAGACUUAGAGUGGAUUGCAAUUUUUAAGUGUAUUGAAGAAGCAGCUGAUUCAAGGCAACUGUCAUGCGGUGCAGGUUGUGGAACCACAUCACCGCUGCACCCUGCUAGCCAGGGAAGGCUGGACCUCGGCUCCCUUCACCUGGAUUCUUCUGCGGUAUGGGGGGGCUCCUCUCCUGCCUCAAAUCGUCGGAAGCAGAGAGGGAGCCCACGCCUGGGAAAUGGCACUCUGGAGCUGGCAGUUUCGCCCCCCAAAGAUACUGUAAAUGGAGAAGGAGGUCCCAGCUCCGCACCUGCUAACAGCGAUGAACAGCCAUCCCUCACUCGUCUGCUGCGCUUGGUGGCCGAGUCCAGGCAGAUGGUUGCUGAUCUGGAGAUCAGCACUAUGCGACCGGCCAGCCCAGCGCACAGCCUGGACAGCAGUGGCAGCAGCAGGAGUGUUGAGGCAUUGGACAGCAGAGAACAGUUCCUCAGAGACACCCAGCUGCUUGAAGGUUCCACGCACUCCAAGCACCAAAAUUCUUGUUCUAAGAGAAGUGUAGCAGGCAGCCUCUUAAACCUGGACACACAGCAGCUGCCUGUUAAUCUCUAAGACGCAUCAGGUAUCUGGGAGGCCGUGAAUUGGACUGCAAAGGCUGCCCAUGUGUUCAAAGCCAGCUAUCUCCGUGGAACUGUGGGUGGAGGUGAAAGUUCUGAAUGACGCUAGGAUGCCUGGAUUGCACAGGGAUGCAGAAAUAUGUACCAUAAAAAAGGAAUGUCUUAUGCUCCUAGACCACUGUUAGAGUCUAAUAGCUAGGGUAGGCGUUUCCUCAGAUGCUAACAAUGCAAACAGACACAAAGUUAAAAAAGAGUCCCGCUGUAUUUUAUGCAUGUGAUAAUAAAUUCAUUCUUUAAAGAAUGCGAAAGUUUUUUAAAAAUAAACAGUAAUUUAUUUUUUUAAAUUAAUGCUGGAAACAAAAUGUAAUGCAAAAAUCUGUUUUCACUUGCCUAGACCUCGAUAGUUUUAGAUAGCAACAUAAAAAUAAUGACUUAAGUAUUAUAAAGGAGUAACCAAAAAGCAGAAAUUGAGUUUCAGUUUCUGUAUUAAAUACAAAAGAGAUCUGUAGUCAACAGGAAUGUGGUUGCACUUUCCAUGUAAAAUAUAUUGUUAAUGCCUAUAGGAAAAAAUAGCACAUGAGAUCUAAGAUUUAUUGACCUACCAGAUCUUUAGAUGGCAUUAGUCUUGGCUUGGGUUUUUUAAAAUAUAAUUUUAUUAUCUGAAAGACACAUCAAUUAUAAAAGAAAUAUUUAAGUAUAUGCAUUUUUAUGUUUGAAUCAUUUGUGGACAAAACUGUUGUUAGAAGUCCAACUCUUCUCUAUUAGAAAUACAAAUGUACUGUUAAGGGUGCACCACAGACACUAGAGCCUAAAAUAUGACGUUUGCGGGUUUUAAUACAGAUGUCAGAACCUUUUUCAUACAAUCACUAACAUGUAGUUUCACCUUACAAAUACAGUACAGUAACUGGAAUGAAACGAGCAAUUAAAUACAGUAAUCUAAGACAUGGCACUCUUUAAUAGAAACUAUUUUAACAGGUCAGAAAUGAAGAGCUAAAUGAUUCAUACUGAAUCUGAGUGGGCAUCUAUUUUAUUAGAGAUACCUGGGCUUUCAAAAAAGUAUUAAGUAGUUUUCCCCUGAUUAACCUGGAGAAAUCUAGAUUUUUAAAACCAGCAGUAUUUAAAACAUUGGGCUCUGUGAGACGUAUUUUCCACAGGGGUGAAACAAGCUUUCACUCCUAGAUUUAACUUGAUCCCAGAUUGUCUUCACACUAAAUGAGUGAUGUUGAGGAAACUUCAUUGGCAUUCAAGGUCUAGUGAAUAUCAUUUGUUUUCUGGGCUUGUGAAAGGUCCACAAUAGCUUUAAAAUAUUAAUUGACAGCAGUUCUUCAACUAUUAAAACUCUGCUGUCUCCUGCCAGUAAACCUAUUUCCAUUAAAUUUUGUCUGACUGUACAGUCAUUUUACUGUUCCACUCAUUACAUGAUAAUGUCAAAGUCUUGCCUCACACCUUUUUUUAGCACGGAAAAAUCUGCAAAUUUGGGAACAUUAGCUAAAAAUGUGAUAGUUUUCAAAUUCAAAGAAGAUAUUUUGUUCUAGUAUUCACCUGAGUGUUACUCUAAAUUAUAAAUGAGCUAAAAUGUUGAGGACAGAACGUUCUAAUAAGGUACAGUACUACAGCAUCAGGGGAUACAGUGACUUGUUUUACUUAAUUCACUGCUGGUGAGCACAUCGUGAGAUUACCGUGAUGUACAUUCAGACAGCUAAUUUAUUUCCCUCACAUUUCAAAUACUAAAUGCGUGCACUAUAACAGUGGUAAGGUGUUUUCUGAAAUUCUGCCAGCCUCAUUUACCAAGCUUCUCGGUUUAAAUUAAACCUUUGUUGUCUAAUUGAGUGUUAUGUAUUUUGAAUCCUCUAAAAAGCAAUAUUUACGCAGCAGCGGGGCAAGUGGGAAUGUUAUUACAGUGGUAUCUUGCACUCUGAAUCGUAAGAAAACAAAUUGCCCCUCGUUUCAGAGUUCCGCCAGUGUACAAGGGUGUGAGUUUUUUUUUCUAGCAGUUGACGUAAGGAGAUGCAGAACAAUUUGGACAUGUUGCAGAAGUACAGUGACUUUAUGUCGUGAAGACAGAGUCUCUAGAGGCGUCAGUACUGAGUUUUUCUUCGUGCCUGUUGACAGUAUUGUGAACAUCUAUAGGGAAGUGGUUGAAACUGCCCUAUAUUAUUACCGUUGGUUCUUGUACAUAUCAAAAAGCACUACAGACAUGAGGAAGGAAAACAGAACUAUAAACCUAAUAUGUAUCAAUACUGUGCAAUUCAGAUUUUAGCACAAGUGUACUCUGAAAUUGUUUUUUUUUUUAGGUUUUGUAAAGUGCAUUAUUUUUAACAGUAUUUUUCUGAAGAUUGUAUGUUUUUUUUUAAAUGGUCAUUGUUAUUUGUAUCGGAAUUGCUCAAAUAAAACUUUCU